CCCUCGGCUGCGGGACGCGCUCAGCAUCCCCCGGCCCACGGAAAGCAGGACCCGGCUCUUCUCAGAGGUGCCCUGCAGCGUUGUGCUAAGAAGCUGGCCGUGUCUUAAAGAAAAAAAGAAAAGAAAAGAAAGAAAGAAAGAAAGAAAGAAAGAAACACACAUACAUAUAUAUUAAAAAGUUUUUUAAAGUCUGUUUUGGGAAAAUAUUUUUUUUUCGGAGUUUGCAAUUCUCUACCUCGUCACGUCCUUUCCCGUGCUCGUGGAGCGUUUUCUUCUGCGGCUGGUGAGCAUUUGACUACCCGCGGAGCCGACCAGGGAUGUAAUUGGAAGUAGGACUGUGAAAGAAACCACACGUCGGGAGAGAAGUCAAGAUGGACAAGAAGUCCUUUGAAAUGGUGCUGGAUGAAAUUCGAAAGGCUGUUUUGACAGAAUACAAAUUAAAAGCAAUCGAAUAUGUUCAUGGAUACUUCUCCAGUGAACAGGUGGUUGAAUUAUUGAGAUAUUUUUCCUGGGCAGAGCCUCAGUUGAAAGCCAUGAAAGCGUUACAGCAUAAAGUGGUGGCUGUGCACCCAGCAGAGGUGGUCAGCGUCCUCAACUGCUUCACCUUCAGCAGAGACAAGCUGGCAGCUCUUGAACUCUUGGCUUCAAACAUUGUUGAUGCCCAGAACUCUCGUCCCAUUGAAGAUCUAUUCAGGAUAAACAUGUCUGAGAAGAAACGAUGCAAGAGAAUACUUGAACAGGCUUUCAAGGGAGGCUGCAAAGCUCCUCAUGCAAUGAUCUCUUCUUGUGGAACCAUCCCUGGAAACCCGUACCCCAAAGGAAGACCUAGUCGCAUACAUGGAAUUUUCCCAGGAACCCCUCUGAAGAAAGAUGGAGAAGAAUGUACCAAUGAAGGCAAGGGAAUAGCUGCGCGCAUUCUGGGACCAUCCAAACCACCUCCUUCGACCUACAACCCGCACAAACCUGUUCCUUACCCGAUACCUCCCUGCCGGCCGCAUGCAACCAUCGCACCAAGUGCUUAUAACAAUGCGGGUCUGGUGCCGUUAGCCAGUGUCAUCGCUCCAGGCGUGCCUCCUCCACCUGCAUAUACUCCAGGUGCAGCAGGAACAGAAAAUGAAGACCUCUCCAGUCAGUCAAAACCUACACAGAAUCAAACGUUUUCCACCCCAGCAACUCAGCUCUUCUCUCCUCCUCAUGGCUCCAAUCCUUCCACACCCGCUGCGUCCCCGGUCAAGGCAGCCAGCCAUCCAUCAGCGUCCUCGGAGGCCACCGCGCCGGCGUCGGGAAUGAGCCUGGCGAGCCCGGUGCUGCCUGUGUUCGCGGGGCAGGUGUCCUCGGCCGUCCCCGCGCCCCAGCCGCAGCCUUCCACGCCAAACCCCACCGUCAUCAGGACACUUUCACUGCCCGCUGUCCCUGCUGCUGCCGCGCCCGCGCCUGCCCCUCUCCCGGCAGCUUUCUCUGGCCUGCUGCCGCCGCCGCCUCCGGGGCCGUCCGCCCCCGCUCCCGCCCCCCAGGCCGCCGCCGCCUCCCGGACCGGGACCGGGACCGCGCUCGCCGCCGCCAGCGAGCCCUUCGCUUCCACCUGCGCGGCGCCCACGAGCCACUCCUUUUCUGCCGGCCCCAGUGCGGCCUCCGCCGGCCCCCCGAGCUCCGCGCCCCUGGCCUCCGUCUUCGCGGGGCUCCCCCUGCCCUUCGCGCCCACGUCCCACGGCGUGGCCGCCCCGACGCCGGUCAUCGCCAGCGCCGCGGGGCCGCAGGUGAUCAGCAGCCCCCUGCUGUCCGCCUUGAAAGGCUUCCUGGCGGCCGACGACCCCCACUCCGGCAGUCCCUGCACCACGUCGUCGGUGGUCACCAGCGGGCUGGCCUCGCUGUCCUCCCUCGCCGGCCCGAGCCCCGCUUCCUCGGCCCUGGCCCCCAGCAAGGGCUACGCCGCGCAGAGGCCGCCCGCCCCCGCGCCGGCCGCCUUCCCGGGCGCGCAGGCCCCCUCGGCCGCCCCCUCCGCGUCCACGCCCGGCCCCGGUGUUGGCGGCGGCGGUGGUGGUGGCGGCUCUGGCUCGGUCUCGCAGCCGCACGGGCCCCACGUGGCCGCCUCCCCCGCCGCGACCGCUGUCCCGGUCAUGAUCAAAACCGAGCCCACCAGCCCGACGCCCUCGGCCUUCAAGGGCCCGGCUCACCCCGGGGCGCCUUCGCACGGCACACUAGGGCUGCCAGGCGCCCUAGGCCGGGCGUACCCCGCGGCCUCGGUGCCCAUCAGCCUGUCCACUUGCCUUAACCCCGCGCUGUCGGGGCUGUCCAGCCUGAGCGCGCCGCUGAAUGGCUCCAGCCCCCUCUCGUCCAUCUCGCUGCCGCCGCACGCCGCCUCCGCCCCCAUCGCCCCCGUGUUCACGGCGCUGCCCCCCUUCACCUCCUUGACCAGCAGCUUCCCUCUCCCUGGCAGCGCCUCCCUGAAUCCGCCCGUGUCCCUGCCAGGCUCCCUCAUGGCCGCCUCCUCGGCCGCCGCCCCCGCGGCCAUGCCCCUGCCACCCCCCAGCUCCAGCGCGGCCGUGCUCUCAGGGCUCCCGGCCCCGGCCCCCGCCUCGGCCGCCCCCUUCCCGCUCAACCUGUCCUCCGCCGUCCCCUCGCUCUUCUCAGUCACUCAAGGACCUCUUCCCGCCUCGAACCCCUCCUACCCCGGCUUCUCGGUCGCCAGCACCCCUGGCGUGGCCCCUGCCCCUCUCCCCUCCUUCCCGGGGCUGCAGGCGCCCGCCACCGUGGCCGCCGUCACCCCGCUGCCUGUGGCCGCCAGCGCCCCGUCACCAGCUCCGGUCCUCCCCGGCUUCGCUUCGGCGUUCAGUUCCAAUUUUAACUCUGCUCUUGUUGCACAAGCCAGUUUAUCAUCCGGACUUCAGGCUGCAGGCAGUUCUGUUUUCCCAGGCCUUCUGUCUCUCCCAGGGAUCCCUGGGUUUUCUCAGAAUCCUUCACAGUCAUCUUUGCAAGAAUUACAACAUAAUGCAGCUGCACAGUCAGCGUUGUUACAGCAGGUCCGCUCAGCAUCGGCUCUGGACAGCUACCCAGCUCAACCUGAUGGCUUUCCCAACUAUCCCUCCACACCAGGAACACCAUUUCCUUUGCAGCCAGGCCUGUCCCAAAGUGGGUGGCAGUGAAUUUUUUAAGCAACUUCUUGGGAGCAACAUGAGAUUUACCUAAGAACUGCAGCGAACAAUCUGACUGACAAAUGUGAAGUUUGCCGAACGUCAGAAAAUGAGACUACUCUUAGGGAAAUUGGGACAAGAGUUGGAAAAUGCUGAUUGCAUUUUUAAAGUGGUUUUGAGUAUCAGUCCUCUCCCCACUUCCAUCUGUAAAUAUGCUGACAGUAAAUUGUAUUAAGAAUAGUAUUUAAAAAAAUAUCCGGGGACUUUUCACCUCCCUUCCUUACAAAGUUUUGAAUAGUGUAUAUGAUCUAUAUAGAAAGAAUGUCAAAGAGGAGACCGAAUUCUUUAUAGCCGAAUACAGCCUUAACUCUGCUUAAUAGCACCCCUGGACAGAAGUAAUAGCUGUGCCUCAGAUGUACGGGUUGCAUGUGGCCCUGGGGAAGCACUACUCUUGGUAUGCAUGGUGGUUCCUGUCAGCAUCAGUUGGAACCAGCACUCCCUAUGUAUCCAUAGAAGGGAAAUUGAGGACCAACUGCUCGUUACAAUGUCACUCACAACCACACAUACUGCUGAAUUUAACUCAGUGUAUUUCAGGUGACAAUGGUGCUUAACUAGUCUUAGAAGGAUUUUCAGGUGUUUUCCACUUACACAUACAUCCAGAACUACUUUCUUACAGAAAGAAGUCACGAAGGCGAUUUGCCUUCCAGGCGUUUUUCCCAGUCUCAGCAGUAUCCAGAUGAGUCAGGGACAGCUGACUGAGUCACGGGGCCACCUCUGUAACUCGCUGUACUCUGGAAGCUCUUGGUGAAUGUUUACAAUCACAAGAUGUAGUAUUUCUACUUAAAAGUCAAAUGCUCAUCUGAAAUAACGAUGUGAUAGCAACUAAAGGAGACAUGCUCUGCUCCUGCUUAGGCAGUGUGUGCUCUAAGGGCCUGUGGUGGGAAAGCCGAAUGUCACUGCUUUAAGAAUGACUGCCACAUUGGGGGUGGGGGGGGGUAGCGAGAACAAAUCCGACCCUGUGGUUAAAGGUGUAAACUAGAAUCUACUGUAGAACAUUUCAGCAUCUAGAAGUUUUACUUUUAUAAAGAUGGUGUCUGGAAGAUGUUGCAAAUGUAUUUUCCUUCAUUACGGGGAACAAACUUUUUAAGUAUAUUAAAUAUUCCUGUAUCAUUAGUUUUUAACAAGUUUUUUUUAAAAUAAACUAUGGAUAUGACAAA